AGUCUCUCUUCAUUCUCCAUACCAAUAUAGGAUCAUCAUGUGUAAGCCUAAGAAGAAAUUGUUGGCAAUAUUCAUUUGGUUAGGGAUUGUGGCGCUCUUGAGCUUCUUCAAUGUGAUAAAGUGCCAACACGUCGUCGCCGAUGACUACGAUCAGAUACAAAAUCCGGCUGUUCUUCCCCUCGUCACGCAGCUUGUGUACUCUCGAAUUUCCAAUCUUACCUCCUUUCUCAGUCAGGAAAUUAGCCGCAGCUCCAGUUUCUGCGUCAAAGAUCCGGAAGCUGAGUGGAAUCAAGCGUUUAACUUCUCUUCAAAUUUGGACUUCUUGACUUCUUGCAUUCGAAAAACCAAAGGAGAUAUCACAAAACGCUUGUGCACAGCAGCAGAGAUGAGGUUUUACUUUAAUAGUCUCUUCGAGAGUUCAAAAGCCAAUUUCGUAAAGCCUAACGAGAACUGCAAUUUAACCUCAUGGGUCUCUGGUUGCGAGCCAGGAUGGGCCUGUAGUGUUGGCCCACAACAGCAAGUUGACCUUCAGAAUUCAAAGGAGAUACCUGCCAGAACUACAAGUUGUCAAGCAUGUUGUGAGGGCUUCUUUUGUCCUCAUGGCCUCACUUGCAUGAUACCUUGCCCGCUAGGUUCCUAUUGCCCUCUUGCAAGACUCAAUGAAACAACUGGUGUAUGUGAACCAUAUAUUUACCAAUUGCCUCCAAGUCAGCCGAACCAUACAUGUGGAGGAGCAAAUAUUUGGGCCGAUUUUACUAGCAGUAUUGAGAUAUUUUGUUCUGCUGGCUCAUACUGUCCAACAACCACCAAAAGAGUCACUUGCAGUAGUGGGCAUUAUUGCAGGAUGGGUUCCACGUCUGAGAAAAGAUGUUUCAAGUUGAGUUCAUGUAAUUCAAAAACAGCAACUCAAAAUCUGCAUGCAUAUGGAAUUAUGCUCAUCGCUGCUUUGAGUACUUUGCUACUCAUUAUUUACAACUUUUCUGACCAAGUUCUCACAAUUAGGGAAAGGCGAGCGGCUGAAUCCAGAGAAGCAGCAGCUAGAAGUGCAAGGAAGACAGCAAAUGCACGCCAAAGAUGGAAAUCUGCAAAAGAUGCCGCUAAGAAGCAUGCCAGUGGGCUGCAAACCCAACUAUCACGCACAUUUUCUCGUAAUAAGAAGGAAGCAUCACAUUCAGGAAAACUUAAAAUUUUUCAAAUUUUGGAUCAGGAAACUUCGGAAACAGACGUUGAAUUUUUGCCGGAACAUUCUAUCACUUCGUGCAUGGUUGUUCCUUCAUCUGCAGUGCCAAAUGAAAUGAGAAAAGAACAGAACUAUCAUGCUAAGAAGCAUGCUAGUGGGCUGCAAACCCAACAAUCACACAAAUUUUCUCGUAAUAUGAAGGAAGCAUCACAUUCAGGAAAACUUAAAAUUUUUCAAAUUUUGGAUCAGGAAACUUCGGAAACAGAUGUUGAAUUUUUACCUGAUCCCAUCACUUCAUGCAUGGUUGUUCCUUCAUCUGCAGUGCCAAAUGAAAUCAGAAACGAACCCAGUGACCGGAUACAGAUGAUGAAUGAGAUAGAAAAUGACCCGGACAUUGAUGGCAACUUAAAUGUUGAAAGUAAAGAAAAAAGUUUCACAUGGAAAAUGCCCAAGGGGAAACAACUGAAUACUCAAACCCAGGUUUUUAAGUAUGCAUAUGCUCAGCUUGAAAAGGAGAAAGCACAGCAACAAGAAAACAAGAAUCUUACCUUCUCUGGAGUAAUUAGAAUGGCCAUCAACAGUGAACAGAGAAAAAGGCCAUUAAUUGAGAUUUCUUUCAAAGAUCUGACUCUCACUCUGAAAGCACAAAGAAAGCAUAUAUUGAGAUGUGUUACUGGUAAAAUUAAACCUGGACGCAUUACCGCUGUCAUGGGUCCUUCAGGUGCGGGCAAGACAACAUUUCUUUCUGCUCUAGCCGGGAAAGCACCUGGAUGCACAGCAACUGGUUCAAUUUUUAUAAAUGGAAAGAAUGAAUCUAUCCGCUCCUACAAGAAAAUUAUUGGCUUUGUGCCACAAGAUGAUAUAGUUCACGGAAACCUAACAGUGGAAGAGAACCUUUGGUUCAGUGCACAGUGCAGGCUAUCCUCUGACCUGUCAAAACCAGAUAAAGUUCUAGUUGUUGAAAGAGUUAUUGAAUUCCUGGGACUUCAGUCAGUGCGAAAUUCCAUGGUUGGGACAGUGGAAAAGCGAGGAAUUUCUGGAGGCCAAAGGAAACGUGUAAAUGUUGGGUUGGAGAUGGUCAUGGAACCUUCGCUUUUGAUCUUGGAUGAACCCACAUCUGGUUUGGACAGUGCAUCAUCUCAACUCCUUCUUAGAGCACUUAGACGUGAAGCUCUUGAGGGGGUAAAUAUUUGCAUGGUCGUGCACCAACCCAGCUAUGCCUUGUUCAAGAUGUUUGAUGACUUAAUUCUACUGGCAAAAGGUGGUCUUACUGUCUAUCAUGGAUCAGUCAAGAAGGUUGAAGAGUACUUUGCAGGUCUUGGGAUCAAUAUCCCAGAACGGAUCAAUCCUCCAGACUACUUCAUUGACAUUCUGGAGGGUAUAGCAGUGCCUAGUGGAAGCUCAAGCGUGAGCUAUAGAGAGCUUCCAAUUAGAUGGAUGCUUUAUAAUAACUACCCAGUACCUUUUGAUUUGCAGCAGGGUGUAUCUAAAUUUGAUAUAUCAUCCCAGAGUGUAAACACGGCUAAUCAAAUGGAUCCUAAUGGUUCUGGUCAUCAGCAAACCUUUGCUGGAGAAUUAUGGCAAGAUGUUAAACACAAUGUGGAACUGCAGGGCAAGACGAUUAGACUUAAUUAUUCGAAGUCCAAGGAUUUAUCUGACAGGAAAACUCCUGGUAUGUUUAAGCAAUAUAAGUACUUCCUAAUAAGGGUCGGUAAGCAGAGACUGCGGGAAGCUAGUAUUCAAGCUAUGGAUUACCUGAUUUUAUUGCUUGCCGGAGCUUGCUUAGGUUUGCUUACAAAAACAAGUGAACAAGCGUUUGGUGUAGCUGGGUACACAUACACUGUCAUUGCCGUCUCUCUUCUAUGCAAAAUAGCAGCCUUGAGAUCAUUUUCUCUGGAUAAAAUACACUACUGGAGGGAGAGAGAUUCCGGCAUGAGCAGCUUGGCCUAUUUUCUCUCCAAGGACACAACUGAUCAAUUUAAUACAGUGAUCAAGCCUCUGGUUUACCUCUCCAUGUUCUAUUUUCUCACCAACCCAAGAUCGUCUUUUGCAGAUAACUACAUCGUGCUUCUCUGUCUUGUAUACUGUGUGACUGGCAUAGCUUAUGCAUUGGCCAUGUUCUUUGAACCUGGUACUGCCCAGCUUUGGUCAGUACUUCUUCCAGUUGUUUUGACGCUUAUUGCGACAAAACAAAAGGAUAGUGAAUUUCUGAAGCGUAUCGCUAAUGUCUGCUAUUCCAAGUGGGCUUUGCAAGCAUUUGUUAUUGCAAAUGCUGAGAGGUAUCAUGGAGUAUGGCUCAUAACUCGAUGCGGAUCACUCAAGGAAAGUGGCUAUAAUCUCCAUGAUUGGAACUUGUGCGUAGUAAUCCUCAUCUGUAUAGGCAUAAUUAGUCGAGUUUUGGCAUAUUUCUGCAUGGUCACUUUCCAAAAGAAGUCCAAGUAACACCACACUUCAAGGAUCAUGCAACAAGGUACCAUAAUUUUGCCUUUCACAAUUAGUUUAGGAUUCUUAAUUAUUUGGACAGUACUUUAUCAUCUAAGAAUGACCCCUUUGUGGGGGUUUAUAUUGUAAAUUUGUAAUCACUCUUGUGAUCCUAUUUAUAAUGGGA